GCUACAGCUAGGGACGCAUCGCCAGGCACGAAACAGUUUGUUUUAAGAAGAGAAAGAAACGGAUGCACGCUAACUGUCGGUAAUUAUAGUAUAUGAUGGUGUCUCUAAGUGGAAGGAAGCACCUGGUAAAACUACAUACGGUACCCAAAACAUUCAACCAAAGCGAACUACUACCACAUUUUUUUGUUCCAAGGCCCGAGAGACACUCGCUGUUGACAACUCAAUCAAGUAAACCCCAGCUACGGAAUCAAGGAGAAAUGGUUAUCGGCCUUCUGAUCAUUGCGGGAAUUCCCACAACAAUAGGCGUCUGCGAAGCCUUGAGUGCGCAGAAAAAAGCCAACAACGCAUCUAAAGAGAAAGCCAAGUUCCAGUUGACAGCCGCUAUAUCCCUCGAUGGAGGACCGUCGGAAGAGUGUUUUUGUGUGUUGAGAGAUGGAAGAUUAUGGAUCGACCAUCCCGACUAUCCCGUGCCAGGCCAUAGGUUUAUGGGGUACUACUUCACAUACCCCUCUGAAGAGAAGCACCUGGGCAUGGUGAGCACGAUAGCAGACGAUCCGCCCAUGCUAAACUGGAUUUAUUGCGAUAAGGACACUGGCAUGGUUAAGCACGGCGGCCGUCAAGCUACCAUUGGGCAUACCAUCGGUCCUUGGUACUGGAGCGAUGACGAGACGUGGCUGACGCUCGAAGGGGACACCUUACACUUUGUUGCUGUUCAAGACGAGGAAACCCAGAGAUGGUGCGUUUACUGGGACAAGGAUAGGAAGAUCAGGGGAUCAAGCGGUAGUUAUUCAGACGAGGAAUCAGAGGGAGAAUCGGAAGAGUCAGAAGCGGAAGAUGAUUCUGAGUUUAGCGGCAGUGAAACCGGGGAACCAAGAAAGCCCAUAAAGACAUUUGAAAAGAAACCCAAAAAGGGAGCUGGGAAGAGCGAGGGCCAGCAAAACGGAGGUGGGGACACCGAGGGGAAGAAGACAGAGGUGAAAACGGAGGACAAGCAGGAUGAUGUUAGGGAAGCUCCUCCUGCUCUGCCGCAAGUACAGAAGCCUGUGAAAUGGGUUCCGAUCCUGCUGCGUCGUCGAAUGCAGUUAGGGAUGGAAAGCCGAUACGUCAAGGGCGCCAAUGGCUAGGAACAUAAGCGUAGUGGUGUGGAUCAUGCAGGGAUAAUACAAGAAUUGUAAUGUGAUGAGAUGGUGGGCUCACUGCAUAAGAUCGCGAUAGGUAUCAUGAAGGGUACCUAGCGGUGAUAGGGCCCUGAA